CUCUCUGCCAACCCUGCGUUUAAUCGCUCGCCUCUGCGAAGAAGAGGGAGCGAAACUACCAUGAUUUGGUUUAGUUGAUUUCUAUUUAUGCCAGCAUCAGAGUUUGUGUGAAAAAAAAAAUGCACUGCGAUAUUCUGGAUGAACUAUGUAAUUCAUGCCUGGACAAGUGACAUGGCCUCACCGUUUGAGGCUUUUAAGCUUCAUGAAGAAACAAACUUUAUUUUGCAGCCUGUCAAGAUGGGUCGUGGAGUAAGCAGUGGAGGGGGUCAAAGUUCUUUGGGUUACCUAUUUGGUGGUGAUGAGGCUCCUAAAUCUACUGGAGAGAGUGCUGCACCAGCUCAUAAUCCAGCUCCUCCACCACCGGUUGAAAACAGCAAGCAAAUUCCUGCAGGUAUCCAAGGGAGCCUACCAAACAACUACCACCGAGCAGAUGGGCAGAACACUGGUAAUUUUAUCACGGAUAAACCUUCAACGAAGGUGCAAGCUGCUCCUGGUGGUGGUUCUUCCCUGGGUUACCUGUUCGGGGGUGGUGGCAACUGAUGUUAUUCUUGCUGCUGAAGUCAGUGAGAAACUUCCGAAACUAUGUUAUUGCUGCUUGCAGCUUUUGGGAUGACUAUAUUUGCAAUUUGGAGUUGGUAAAUGCUUUAACUUAUUAGCUUCAUGUCUGAAAUGGUUACAGUGAAGUUUAUGAGUGUAGGUGUUCCUUGGACAAGUGGCUUUGUAGUCUGCACUAUUAACUAAUACCUCUUUAUUCGAUUUCCAUGUUUCUUUA